AUGCUCUUUCAUCGUGUCCUAAACUGGCUUCAAUUCUUGUUUCAGAGGAUCACCAUUAAAGAAAUCAAGAACCAUCCAUGGUUUUUGAAGAACUUGCCUAGAGAGCUUACGGAAGCAGCUCAAACCAUCUACUACAGAAAAGAAAACCCAACCUUUUCCCUCCAAAGUAUCGAAGACAUCAUGAAGAUAGUGGAAGAAGCCAAAAUUCCUCCUCCUGUUUCCCGAUCGAUUGGAGGCUUUGGGUGGGGAGAAGAAGAUGGUGAUACAAAGGAAGAGGUAGAAGGCGAGGAGGAGGAAGACGAGUAUGAAAAGACAGUCAAAGAAAUACAUGCAAGUGGAGAAUUUAAGGGAGGGCGGGAGGUUUGGAGGGGAAAAGGUGUAAAAGGUUUAAUUCUUGAUGGAAUAAGCAAUUCCAAUUUGAUUUAA